AUGGAGAACUUGAAGACACUUCAUGAUGCCAGAGAAACGACCUUAGCCUAUAAUACUCAAGUGGCUGCCAACAAUAGUCGCAUCUCAGAUAACAACAAUGUUUAUAAGAAGCCAGAUACGAAUCGUAAUACUCGUACCUUCAAGUCGCCCGCAACUUUAGUAUGCUUUAGAUGUUGGGAUAUGGGCCAUAGCAGCUCUAGCAGUGGAUGUGAAAAUGCUGUUAGGGCCUUCCCAGGGUUUUCUGAUCAGCCCAAGGACCCCAAUAUUGGACAUAAAAAUGUAGCCGUAUGCGUCCAAUGUUGGAAGUCUGGACAUCGUAAAUCGGAAUGUAGUGGAACAUCUAGACCAUUCCCUGGUAUCAUCCGAGUAACAGAGGCUGCCACUAUUACUCGAAACGAAUCUUCUAAUUGGUUGUUGGAUGGUGGUGCUUCUCAUCAUAUGACGGGUGAUGCUUCAUGUCUUGUUGACAGUCGACCAAUCAACAACCGUGUCUUCGGUAUUGGUAAUACAUCUCUGAAGGUUACUGGUAUCGGUCGAGUCAUUGGCCGUGUAGGAGACUCGACAAUUAUCUUGGAGGACGUACUACUAGUCCCCAAUCUUGCUAGAAACCUGAUUAGUGAAGGGUUGCUCUACGAUCAAGGAUCCAAUAAUGUCUAUCCACUGGACAUUAGUCUGCACUCUCCUGUAGUUGCCAAUGUCUCUCUCUUGGACAUAACAACCCUAUGGCAUCGAAGACUUGGCCACCCAUCUGUCAAUCGUAUGAAAAGCACUCUUCCUGACAUCGACUUUGACUCUCAUUUGGAUGAAUGCCGCUCUUGUAUUCGGGGAAAGAUGUCAGAGGACUCGUAUCCAGCAUCUAAAUCACCUAAGCCAUCAGUCUUGGAAGUAUUAGCAGCCGAUGUUAUGGGUCCAUUCCGUAAAGCAUCUAGAGAUGGGUCUAUUUACUACUUGGCUGUCUUGGAUAUUGGUAGCCACUAUGGUUGGAUUAUUCCAUUGAAGAACAGGGCAGAUGCUACUCCUCGGAUUGCAGAUCUCAUUCGCCUCCUAGAGACUCAAUAUAGUGACUGUAAAAUCAAGGGCCUACAGACCGAUAAUGCUCCUGAAUUCACCGGUAAAGCCAUGCAGGAAUUCUUACGUAGUCGAGGGAUCAUCCAUCGACUCACCAUGGCAUACUCGCACGCUCAAAAUGGUGCUAUAGAACGAUACAACCCCACUAUCCAAGAACAUAGUAAAACAAUUGCUCUCAAAGCUCAUAUAACACCAUACGAAGUUCUCAACGGCAAGGCUCCAACUUAUGACAAUCUUCGUAUCUUUGGGUGUGAUGCCAUCUGCCACGAUCCAACACAGCUCGAUAAACAGAAUCCACGAGCCAUAGAUGCU